CAUAUUUCUUUCUUUAUGUAUUAGUACAUAAAUGUAUGUGUUACUGGGAGCUCAAAGUGUUUUGUUUUCUACAGUUCCUCACAAAAAUUUCUUCUCAGCCAAAGCCUUUCAGUGGAUAAGCAAUUACAGGGAUGAAAAUGAAUUAAAAAUUGGGACAGCUGCAGUGAGAGGUAACCGAUAUUUUCCUCCACCAUCUGCUCUCUGUGAUAAAAUUUGUGAAAUAGGUCAGCAACAAGAUGCGGAAGAUGUAGUAAAGGGAAUUGUUUCACCAUUUUUUACAUGUGUCAUCUUGUGGUGAUGUGACACUAAGGUUCCUCUUUGAUUGUCAGAUUUCAUCUCAGAGAAAAACAGCUUUGCUGAGAAAUUUUAGUAACUUUGAGACACACAAUUGUUAAAUUCUUCAAUUGAUUGUUGAAAGUGGGAAGAACCGUGAGGAAGCUGUGGUAAAAAGAAAGAUUUCAGCAUUUAUUACAUGUGUGUCAUCUUGUGGUGAUGUGACACGAAGGUUCCUCUUUGGUUGUCAGUUUUCAUCUCGGAGAAAAACAGCUUUGGUACUUAUCUGUUGCUUUUCUCUCUUCAAUAAUGUGUCCUCAUCAUUUCAGCCUUUUUAAUCAUCUGCACACCUGCUCAGAAAUGAAGAAUACAGCACAGUUCAUUCACUAACAGCGGUCUGGAAGGACAUAAUAUUGAAUUUUUGGUUCUCUCUUUCACUUACUGGGGGUGUGGUGUAUGCUCUUGUGUUGUAAUCAGAGGCUUGAGUUUUGCGAAAGAAAAUAUCCGCCAAACAGCAGACAAUUUUUACCAACAGCAAAACACGAAGUUCUGGGGAAAAUGCAGACACAAUUGGAACAAAAACAUGAAGCUACCACUCCGCUUUAUUUAGAUGACAGUACACCAAAAACCACAGAUGCAAGCUUGUGCAACAGCAUAAAGUGUUACAUGGUCCUGACUGAAACAGAGAAGACAGCUAUUACCUCAAUCUGCUUGAUAGCUGGCCCUGUGACAUUCCUGGAGAACAUUUUGGUCCUGCUGGUCAUUGCACGCUCCACCACUCUGCGCAGACGGCCAUCAUAUCUGUUCAUCAGCAGCUUGGCACUGGCCGACACCUUUGCCAGCUGUUUCUUCACCUUCAGUUUUCUACAUUUCCAUCUUUAUAAUCAUAGCCAAGGCCCUAAUAUCUAUCUGUUCAAGCUGGGUGGCGUCACAAUGGCUUUCACGGGCUCUGUAGGAAGCCUGUUGCUGACAGCGCUGGACCGUUAUCUCUGCAUCUACCAGGCUUCCAAUUACAAGGUGCUACUCACACGCACUAGAGCCAAGCUGGCUAUCGUAUUAUUAUGGUGUCCAACGGUUAUAAUUUCAUUUCUUCCUCUGAUGGGUUGGAGGUGCAAAACCAGGUUUGAUCCUCCGUGCUCCCAUCUCUUCCCUUAUGUGGAUCGUCACUACCUGGCCUUCUGGACGGGCCUACAACUUGUGGUGCUCUUCCUUAUCAUAGUGGCUUAUGUCCUUAUCCUGUGGAAAGCAAAUCGCCAUGAAACCUCUAUGGGUGGACCAAAGUCAGGGAGGCAGAGCGUGAAACGACAGGCUCGAUUGCGAAUGGACAUUCAGCUUGCACGUACCUUCAGUCUGAUUCUCCUAAUCCUUGCUGUUUGUUGGCUGCCUGUCCUGUCCUUUAUGAUGGUGGAUGUCACAGUGCCCCUUACAAACACACAACAACGAAUGUUCGCUUUCUGUUCCACGCUUUGCCUGGUCAACUCGUGUGUAAACCCGCUUCUAUAUGCCCUACGCUGCAAAGAUCUGAGGGCAGAACUGAUUGCAUUGUUAGCAUGUUGCAAGACAUCCAGGGAACGUAUGUUGGGAAACACUCAUGGCCAAGGGAGGGAAAAUGGUUCUGGGAUUAGCAAAAAGUGCAAAGAUCAGGCUGUUAGUGAUAGUAACCCAGAUACUAUUUCUGAAAGCGUAGACAAGCAAAUAUGAUUUAAAUUCCUUUUCGUAUUAAUCAUUUGCCAACUUUUAAUACAUUUGAAAUAUUUCACAAAAUGUAGUUCUUCAGGAUUAUAAUUUAGGUUAGCAUUCAUUGUAUUAAAUAUUAUAGAUGUAUAUAUGUUUUGUAUGUUUCCAAAUACCAGAAAACAUUGUUUUGUGAUAUGAAAUUGCACGAUAUCAAAUAAAAUAGCAGUGAAAAAUGUGAGAAAUAUGAAAUUAUCAAAUGAAGAAGGUUUGUAUACUAACAAGAACUUAAGAAUUUUAACGUGUGCACACACACACACUGAAUUUUACUGCUUGAACUCUACUCUAUAAAUUGUAUUUUGUGUAUAUUUAUUUAGGAGUAGAAUAUAUAGAAAAGACUUCAUUUUACACUUUAAGAAAGUCAUUUGCUAUUAGCUAUUAUAUUUGUAAACAGAAUGUUUAAAAAAAAUAUUUAAAAAUGUAUUUAAAUUAUUUUUAGGAAGAUACAAUAGGUCUGCAUAAUGUGGCUAUUGUGAUCAGCUAUCCAUGUAUAAUGUUGUUUCUCUAAGCACCUUUUUACAGUAGUGAAAUAAAACCUAUAAACACACUCAGAACAGCUGACUCACCAGCUACAUUUUGACCCAAGCAUAAAAGACGCCAAAAUAUAUAUAGAUUACACUGUGAUACAAAAUACCUUCAGCUUUCUUGAUGACUGCUAGCAUUAAUUUUGCUUCACAUUGCUGUACAUUAUGCUGUAUGUUUUACUAUAUUAUGAAAGUAACUGUUAUGAUACACUAAGUAUAUUCUUAUAUGUUGGGGAGAGUCUGCUAUGAAUGCAAAAUGCUAUGUAAUUGUUAUGUUAAUUUCUUAUAUCUUAUAUUAACUUCAUUUUGAAGAGUUGAAGAAGUUCUGCUGCAUUAUUGUAUUUGGACCAAGUAUUAUAUAAAAUACUGUAGGCCCAUGUCAUGAUGACUAUAAAAAUGUACUGCUACAUUGUUUAAGAAGUGCAUACUUAUACUUUACUGUGACUAAUUCACUGUCUAAUGCAUCAAUAAAAACAUGGACGUCAACCUUCAA